GUAACCUGUCAACAACAGGUGAUUCAGCAGUGGUUCCAUGUUCCAUCUAUUUUUCUGGUAGAGAUUAGAGAUUUGCCAAUAUUCUUGAAAAAACAAGAACCCUGAAGAGAGUAUAACAUAAAAGCUACAUAAUCUUCACCUUGAAAAAGUUUUAUAAAUCUCAUGAAAAGAAUGGCUGCCUUAAGAAAAUACAUAGAUAUUGGUGCAAACCUAACAGAUGAAAUGUAUCAGGGUUUGUACCAUGGUUCUAAAAAGCACGAGCCUGACUUAGACGCAGUAUUAGCUCGGGCUUGGGAUGGAGGACUGGAUAAAAUGAUCAUAACAGGAGGCUCAUUGACUGAUGGUCAGAAGGCUAUUGAAAUGGCUCGAUCAGACUCCAGGUUGUACGCAACAGUAGGCUGUCACCCUACCAGAUGUAAUGACUUCUUACAAGAUGCUGAAACAUAUUUGAAUGGUCUAAAAACCUUAAUAAAUGAAAAUAAGGACAAAGUUGUUGCCAUCGGUGAAUGUGGACUGGACUAUGAAAGAUUACACUUUUGUGACAAAGAUGUACAACUCAAAUAUUUCGAGUACCAGUUGCAAUUGAGUCGUGAGUUCAAUCUCCCUCUCUUUUUACACUGUCGCGCGGCAGCCGAUGACUUGGUGGCAAUACUUGAGAAGAACCGCGACUCUGUUGUGGGAGGGGUCGUACACUCAUUCGACGGCAGUGAGGACGCUCUACGGAAGAUACUAGACUUGGGAAUGUAUAUAGGUAUUAAUGGAUGUUCUCUGAGAACACAAGAAAACUUAGAAGUUGUCACAAAAAUACCUAAAGACAGACUUAUGAUCGAAACCGACUGUCCAUGGUGUGAAGUUAAACCAACGCAUCCUGGUUACACCCAUGUAUUGACUAAAUUUUCGACGGUGAAAAAAGAAAAAUAUAGCGUCGGGUCUAACAAUCAGGUCAAAGGGAGAAACGAACCUGUUAAUAUUGUACAAGUUUUGGAGAUUUUGGCAGCAGUUAGGAAAGAAAACAUCGACGAAUUAGCGGCGGCAAUCUAUGAUAAUACGAACAAAUUUUUCAAUAAAUAGUAAAUAUCAAAUCAAAUAUAUUUUGUUAAUAAAACGUUGAGAAUAUUUUUCGUUUUAUUUGUUUUGAACUCUAGACGUACCUAAGUACUACUACAUUAAAAAUCC